AUGUCUUUGACAGUCGACCUACCACCAAACACCCAACGUCUACGGCGGUCUCUUCAACUCCCUCGCUACAAAAACAGGGAUAACCGUGACGACAAUACUAUCUCAAUCCAAUGUGACCACUCGAUACACUCUGAUGAUCUCUACCACAUCUUCGAGGGCUCUAUGCUUUCUGGCGCAGCAUCACCAGUUAGGCUUGUCUGUAAGCUUAGUUACACCAAUGAAGGCAUGGAUCGUCUUGCACAGGAGGAUUCUAUCUACCGUGCCCUGAAGAGCCUUCAGGGUAAGGUCGUACCACAGUCUUACGGUUAUUUCGAAGAUCUCAAGGUUGCGGGGUGUCUCGUUCUCGAGCACGCGGGAGAACCGUUGCAGCGCCCGUUUGAGUAUAUACCGCGCGAGCUUAAGAUCAAGGUCAUGGAUGCAUUCAAUCAGAUUCACAAGGCCGGAGUCAUCCAUGGCGAUGUCGCUGAGCGAAAUGUUCUCGUUGACAAGGAAGGUCGGGUUUCCGUGAUCGACUUCGAAGAGGCCUUGAAGUUAGAAUGCGAUCGAGCCCGUCCAAUACCGGGCUUAGGAGAUUUUGGACCAGACAAAGACGACUUCAAUUGCGAUGAGUUGUGGGAGCUGGCGACGAUCGGGCUCUACGGGCUAAAAACCCCCCUCGAGGCCUUCAACGACCCUCAAAAACUUAUCGCUCAGCGUCCUCCAUACUAUAGCGCACGCCGAGCAGAGAGGGAAGCCUACAAUAUGCUCAUGAGUUACCUGCAAGAAUGGAUACCGGAAGCUUAUGCGCAGAUACCUCAGGAUGGUCACCGUCAUUGGCCGGCUAUCAGCAUCGAGGAUCGAGAGGUGGAUGAGGACCUUGACAUUGACGUGGACAGCAGCUCCAGCAGCUCCAGCGACUCUGAGGAUAGUGGUCCGAUUGAGCCGCCUCGCCCAUCUUCUCCCUCACAGAACUCGCCUUCGUCGUGA